AUGCCUACAUACCAACUCCAUUUUGCUCAAAACUUUGAAAAUGUGUCAACUGCUGUAGCCUCUGAACCACAUCCUUUGAACACUGAGUUUGCUGUCGCCAAACCAAUAUUUGUGCCAUCCGAUGGUGCUUCACACAAGGUUACCAUUGACGUCGUAAACGUUGAGCGGGUCAUUACUCGUAAAUGCGUUCCCUCAAAAAGCACGGACGUAUUUCUUAUUGCGCAUUCUAUUAACUCAUCGAAAUUGCCUUUUUUGAGAGGUGAUGCACAUAUCUAUCAUAACAAUAGUUUUGUCUGUAAGACCUCGAUAGGAAACGUAUCUCCAGGGGACAGGUUUUCGAUCUCAUUGGGAGUUGAUACAUCGUUGCAUGUAGAUUAUAAGCCCGUGAAGAAAUUUUAUGAGCAGGUUGGAUACAUUACCAAAGGUUCGUCGAUGAUGCACGAUCAAAUGAUAGUGGUAAAGAACUCCCAAAAUGACCCGGUACUACUGACUAUUGAAGAACCUGUACCAAGGAGUACCGAUGAGAGAAUAAAAGUAAUUUUUCUCCAAAAUUCCAUUUAG